AUGGCUGAACUCCAGCUCCACUUCCUAAUUAUUCCUAUCCUUAUUUUCCUGUGCGGAGUGGGGCUCCUUCUGUCACUGUGCCACAAAAAGAAGAAGCCUUCUUUCCCAGUAUUUUUGAAACAGGGAGACAUCGGUCAGUAUCAGAGCAAAGCCAAGAGGCAAAGAAACAGUGGGGCGCAGACAGGUUGGAAAGCUUGCCAGAGAGAAGUAGAAGAGGCAAAGAACGUGCUUUCUCUUCUGCAAAGCCCCCUGGGCCAGCAUCAUGAUACCAUCCACUUGCGUCAACUGCUAUGUCCAGACCCCUCCUGCGAGGUGUGUAAUCAUGCAGCUGCUGAAGUCAACCGGUUGCUGUUUCCAGAGGCCCUGGAAGAUGCUUCUCCUUUGGCUCCCACAACGCCUGGUUUGUCACAGUCAACGAAUGCCACUGAUUCAUUUGCUUGUCAACACAUCUCACCAAUGCUGUCUACUUCACCACCAUCAGACUGUCCUGCUGUGAUUCAAUCGAAAUCAAUUUUCACCUCAUUGAAGCCUGUUCCAGAGGACACAUCUCCAGAUAGUUCUAGUGUAUUGUCCACUCAUGUCCCAACAAUCAGAGACACUGACCAUUCAAGCCUGUCAAUAUCAGAUAUUUCCUGUUGGCAGGAUUAUGCCAGUAACAUGUUUCUCCCCACAUUAUCACACUCUGAUUUUCAGCAAGAGCAUGUUUUUCUCCAUCUACCAGAGACCUGUCUCUGGGGAGAUUCUGUUUCAAAGCAUAUGGAGACCAGUAGCCUUUCUUUCCUUGGCCUUAAUAUCCAGGCACUCCUGGAGAGACAAGUAAAAAAGACAAAGGAUUUUCAGAUUUUAGAGAAGAAAGAAAAUGAGGACAGACCAUUUUCAAAACAAAUUUGGUCAGAAUACCAACAGACAUCUUUAGGGAAUUCAUUGCAACCACUUGAUGUACAGGACACCACAGUCCUCCAAACUGGCUGGAACAUUGAAGACAAACCAGAGCAGCUGCACAAUAGCCAGCAGCUCUUUUAUGUCAAGACUUUGGUGGGAAACUUGCAGCAGAAAUAUAACCAGCUCUUCUGGGGUCUUCCCUCUUUGCACAGUGAGUCCCUAGUGGCUACUCUACUGGGUUCCAGAAUCAGCUCUUCACUAGAAACUCACUUUGUCUUAUUCAAUGGAAUUUGUAAUGCUCCCAUAGUCAAAAUGCAGCAUCAAGGAUCUCCAUCAGUUUCUCAUUUUCAUUUUCUUCCCCUAUUCAAUGUAGACCCUAAACAUUUGCUUCCAAUCAAAUCGCAGUCACAACAUUUUGCUCAGGUCCAGCCCCAGCUCCACUUUCAAUCCCGACUCCCAAUUCUACCAUCUUCUUCUCCAUCCCAGAUUAGGGAUUGUGGGGUGUCUUUCCCUGGAUCCCAGAAUACGUCAGAUUCUAAUAUCUUGAAUGAGAGUCAACACAUGAAAUGUCAUGUGUUGCAGAAGCAACAGGAAAGUUUGUGUAGUUUACCUACUGUGGUCCAAAGAUCUCAGCAUGCCACAUGUCCGCGAGCUCUCAACCGUCCACUGUCGAGUCAAUCGUCCCAUGCCUAUUUACCAGUCUCCAUCCUUCCUGGUCAUUUUCAUACCACCAGCGAACCCCAGGAGAAACAGCAGCACUAUAUUCCAAGGAGGGUAAUCCCACUCGGGUGCCCCCAUGCCAGGAGGAAUGUAGGGCUUCUACAGCUGAUGGCAUCUCAGAGCAAAUUAACAGAAACCUCUCAGCAGAAAGGUAGGCAACUUUCUGAGCUUCAGAGACAGUGUAGCAAGUCACUAGGCAAGAGUGAAUUGAGUUUAUCAGGACAUGUCUGUGAGAGGGUUCCACAAAACUUUCAGCUAAGGGAGGAUAUGAAGAGGAAUCUCGGGUAUAUCUUAGAGAAGAGCCCAGAAGACAGCCCACAAAGGCUCUCAGAAUGCCACCUCGGGAAGGUUCUGAGAGCUGCCUCAGAGACAAAAAUUAACUGUGUGGGUCACUCAAUGAGUUGCUUAGAAAAGGAAUUAUUAAAUAUCUCAAGGAAGGAUAUAAACCGGAAUAAAAUAAAGAACAUCCUUAGAUUACAUUUGAGAAGGAAGUCUUGGCAGAUCACUGAAGGUAGAAUCCCUAUAGUUGUAUGUGAUUCAUGGGUAGCUGAGGACAACACACCACCUCCUUUUGGGAGUUCCCAGACCAAUAAGGAAAAUACAAAUUCUAAAAACACAGUGGUUGGUAGAGUCUACAGCCAGAUUACCACUCCAGAGCUUUCUUUUCUUGAUUCCCACACUCGACAAGUGCUAGAAGGCCAUAUUAUAAGGUUUCGUCUGAGUCAGAGGUGGGGCCUCCCACUAAAGGUUGUUGAAUACAUGAAAUUCUAUACAUUGAAAGAAGCCAAAACAUGGCGUCUUCCCCAAUUUGACCUUUCCUCCUCAGCCACCAGUAUUUCUGGGGUAGUUUCCAAAGCUGAGGUUUUCAAGCCCCUUGAGAGAAGCUCCAAAACUUUUCAGAGAAACAAGCUGAGAACAAUAAAUUUAGUCCCCAUGCUGGAUUGUCCUCUCCUGGCUUCCUCAAAUGUAAACAGUGAAGGACAGGGGGUCCUGAAAACAUCACAUGCUGAUAUGGAGGAUGAGCUUGCAGAGAACAUCCAAAAAACUGUGUGCGGCAGGCAGACUUUUCAGCAGCCCCUCACACACAGCACCACCGACAAAUGGAAUCAGAGUGAUACUGUACUGAACAACAGAUGCAGCCCAGAGGUGCCCAGGAAGCAACCUGGGGCCGGACAUAAGCCAAGGUAUGAGAAUGUGAGUUCCAGUGUGAGAGCAGAAGUGAUUGAGGGCAAGAAGACAGCGGAGGAAAAUUUAAAACAUUUUCCAGUCUCCAAAAUGUUCACAGAGAUAUUCAAGGACCAGGAGCUAGGUACAAUUAAAUCACAACCUUGUGACAUCUCGACAACCCAGGAGUUGGGAGGCUCCCAAAUGAUGAAUGUCAACAUGAGGAAAGAAGCAUUUCCCCUGACCACUGAAUGCCCCUCACCAAAAAUGUUAGAGACCCAAGAUUCAAAACUAUCUAACCUGAAAAGGCAGGUCCUUGAUGAGUUAAAACUUAAAAUGGAGAGCAAGGAGCAAAGCCAGGCUCAAAGCUGUUCCACUAACUUGUCCCUUGCUUCAGAUAGCUUUUCUUCCAUAUCCUCACAGGCUCCAUUCCAGAACAUCUCUGUUAGGGACAUGAGAGCUUCCAAGGGGGCUCUUGUCCACUUGGCGGACAGUAGGAUCAGCACAGAGCUGAGGCCGGAAGCUUGGGUCUCUAAGAAUGUCUUAUGGAAGUGCCAGGAUAACAGUUUACCACCAGUGGCAAGAAAAGUGAGAACGGUGAGUUCCAAAACAGGACAAUGUAGAAGUGAGGAGUUGGCAGUAGAGACAUCUGAAGGCAGAAAGAAGAGCCAUUACGUUGAGGACAGAAAAUUACAGGGUACUUUCCUAUCUCUGCCACAGAAUGAAGAGUUUCCUCGUGAUAGUUACUUCAGAAAAAAGACAAGAAAAUUUUAUCACUGGAUGGAUUCCAAAGGAAAAAUCAAAGAGCUGGAACAUCCCCAGCAAAAAGCCAAAUUCAUGCCAGCCUUUGCCAAGGAACAUGACCCAGCUGAAAGUGCAGCUGUCUUUUUGAGUUGUGGGUAUCCUGAAGCCCAUGAGCUUAUGACAGCCAUUGGGAAGAUCCUACAGGGAAAAAUGGCAAGUAGUCAUGAACUUGAGUCCUUGCAGUUUAGUCAACAGAAGUAG